AACGCAGACGGAGGAAGCACGCGUCUCACGUCGCCCCGAGAGCGCGAUGCCACGGAGGUAUUUGCGCUUUCCGGCCUUCUACAAUCACCUCUGCGGGGCCGUGGCCAUCGCCUCUUCCCGCAGCACCAAGCUCCGCCCGGCCUCAGUGCCGGGUUAAGGAAGGGCUCCUUCGUGCCCUGCAGUUGGGUGGAAACAACCCCCUCAUGGUUGUAGACGUUGGCCUGCAGGAGAUGCACUUUCUGUACUUCUUUCAGGCUCUGUCCAGGACCCUCGAACCAGAGAUUCUUAAGGAUCCAACAGACUGAAGAUAAUCCAGGCCAAAAUGAACUUUCAGGGCAGCCCCAGAAGUACCAAGCUUCAUAGGCUGAGCACACAUGUCUACAACUGGGCUAAAGCCAGUACUGCAGGGAACAAAGUGGGGAGGGGCAGGGUGUCAGCUUUAUCCAGUGCCUGGUUGAGCUGAAAUUGAAUCUUUUUUCCUUUUAGCAGGAAGUCAUUAUGUGACUAACACAUUUUCAUCAGAUUUCCUCUGAAGUGUAUGUAGAAAUGAUGUGUACUGCCAAGAAAUGUGGAAUUAGAUUCCAGCCACCAGCUAUUAUCUUAAUCUAUGAGGGUGAAGUCAAGGGAAAAAGUCGCCAGCGUAUCAUGCCAGUUCGAAACUUUUCAAAGUUUUCAGACUGUAGCAGAGCCGCUGAGCAACUAAAGAAUAAUCCACGACACAAGAGUUACCUGGAACAAGUGUCUCUGAGGCAGCUAGAGAAGUUAUUCAGUUUUUUACGAGGUUACUUACAGGGGCAGAGUUUGGCAGAAACGAUGGAACAGAUUCAACGGGAAAGAACCAUUGAUCCUGAGGAAGACCUGAACAAACUAGAUGACAAGGAGCUUGCUAAAAGGAAGAGCAUCAUGGAUGAACUUUUUGAGAAAAAUCAGAAGAAGAAGGAUGAUCCAAAUUUUGUUUAUGACAUUGAAGUUGAGUUCCCACAGGAUGAACAACUACAGUCCUGUGGCUGGGACACAGAGUCCGCCGAUGAGUUCUGAUACUAAACCCUCACAGAAUUUACUGGGUUGGCAGAAACUCCAUGUUUUUAGAAAGGACGUAGGUUGGUUAUAGCAAAAUCUGUAAAGAACACUAAAUGCACAUGUUGGGUCAUAAUUGGACUGACCAUGUUAACUUUUCAAAACCAGGACAUGUGGAGCAUCUACUAUGUAGAUGCAUGAGGAAGAUAGGAAAAACAGAGUAUAGGGAUCUGUCUUUAAAGAGCCUGCAUCUAAUUGGAAGAUAAGUCAAAAACUUGUGAAAAGUUAAUUAACAAUAGCAGGCAACAAAAAGAUUAGAGCUGAGUGCUUGAUAAAGACAGUUAUAUGCCAAAGAUGGUCAGAGUCUAGAUCACUAUUGGAUAGUCAGGGAAGGCUCUGUCCUUUAGUGGGAGAGAUGGGACUUUGCCUGGCACUGGAAAUGGUAGUAUAUGGGUAGAAGCCUGUAUAGGAUUCCAGAUGAAAGAAACUAGAAAAAGGAGGGAGGGACGAUGGUAAAGAAACAGAACAUUGAAAGUUUUAUUUGUGGAACAGGAGGCAAAUUACAGUUUGACAAGAUUGGAGGGCAUAUGUGGUUAUCAGGGAAUUAUCCUGUAAGCAUUAUGUUUUUAUAAGUAUUUAACUUGUUUUAUAUGCAUUCGCUCCGGAGUAAAGAGUACCAUUGCAAAAUGCCCUGCAGCUGCAAGUAGAUGUCAUUUGAUGGGUGACAGGGGAUCUGCCCCAUUAGGUAUCAGGGAAUAUAUACUAAAGAUAUUCUGAAACCCUGAACCUCUUCCCAUAAACAAGAAGUUUGUUCUGUAAAAUGGGAAAUCUACCCAUGUUAAAUGAACAACAGGUACUGCCAGUUUAGAACUAUUCAUGAGUGUGGAUCUACAAAGAGAGAUCCUUGUUAAACCUUUGCUUAAUCAGGUUAUCAAUACACAGAUACAUCUUUCAUCUUACUAGAAUAUUAUUUAGUUGGUAGAAAUCUUAUGUUCUUUGCAAGGAAAUUAAUAGUUAGUAAGUAAAACUGUUAAAAUAAUUAUUUACUCUUUCUACCUGUCCAUCCCCACUCUCUUUACCAUGAAAAGCCCCAUUAAAGGAGUCAUAGUGAGGUCACUAGGGACUUAAGAUGGUCAAAUUUCAAAUGUAUAUUUGCCAAAGUAGCAAAAGAAUUUUUAGAAUUAGAGUCUUCCGUGUCUAUAUAGUACUCCAUUGUAUAGAUGUAGAUAAUUUAUUUUAAAAGUUGACCUUAAUUGUUUCCCCCUUUCACUACUACAAGCAAUACUACAGCAAAUAUCCUUGUACAUUCUUUGUUUUGCACACAGGCAAGAAUAUUUAUAGGAUAAAUGCCUAGCAGGAAUUACUGAGUCAGGCUAUGUGCAUUUUAAGUUGUAAUAGCUAUUGCUUAGUUGUCCUCCAUAGAGAUUUGUUCAUUCAUUCAGGUAUGUAUGUACUGAGUACUGCACAUAAGCUGUACUAUUCUAGGGUCUAGGGAUAUAGCAGUAUAUACAACAAAUGCCUUGUCUUUACCGCAUUUACAGACUAGUUGGAGGGAAGAGACAAUAAACAUAAAUACAUAGAAUAGGGUCAGAUGUUAAGUGCUUUCAAGAAAAGUCAAGGUAAAAAAAUAAUAAUAGAGGAGGUGGGAACCACUGUUUUAGAUAGUGAUCAGAGAAGGCUUCACUGAGGAGGUAACAUUUGAACAACAACCUGAAGGAGGUAAAGGAAAAAUUGAUAUGCAUUUCAGGGGUGGUGGGGAAAGACAAGUGAUAGGCUCUUGGGCUGGAGUGUGCUUGGAGUGUUUGAGGAAGAACAGGCAGGCCAAUGUGGCUAAUACAGAUUGAGCAAGGGAGAAAAUGGUAGAAGAUGAGGUUGGAGUGGAUUUUGCAAAUGCAUAGUGCUUACCAUGAAGGUUGUACCAGCUUAAACUAUCAGCAGUUCAUGAGAGUACCUGUUUUUCCCAUGCGCUUAUCAACAGAGGGUGUUGUCAAAGGUAUUGAUGUUUGCCAGUCUUAUAAUUUACAAAUGGUAUCUCAGUUUGAUUUGCACUUCUUUUAUUAUGGGUGAAACUGAGUAGGCAGUCCUGUCGAGUUUCAGCUCUCACAGGUUUCACUGUAAUGUGUGCUGAAUAAACAUAUAAUGGCUAACAACAACAACAAAGGGCCAAUUUUAUGGUAUAUAUUGAGGUAUAUAAGUUGUUCCUCAAUAACGCUGUUAGGGAAUAGAAUAGGAUCAAUGUCUGCAAACCAUUUGUUCUAAGAAUGAGCAAGAGGGGCCAAGAUAUGUGUAAACAUCUCCUCGAGCCCGCAUAGAGUUGGAGAUUGAAAAAGGUUGGAGGACAGAAUUAAUGCAUUCAUUCAAUAAACACUUUUCUAGUAUUUACUCUUUGGAAGCUUCCCAGGAGGUCUGGAAAGGAAUGGCUCUAAAGAAAAGGAAAGAACAAGAGAAGACUGAUUAUGAUGCCGGGACAGAGUGAGGUUUAUGAUUCCAAUAUUCUCCUUAAUGGAUGAGGGAGAGUCAUCUGAUGAGAGUGAGACUGGGGAGGAAAGAGGGAACUUAGGAUGAAAAUGGGAGGUGUGCAGAAGGGUCUUUGUAAAGGUGAGGCUGGAUGUGCUCAACAUAGAUGGAGAGAGUAGAAUGUGAGAUCAAACAAAAAUCUAAAAUCCCAGGGUUACAUACUAAAAAGGCUCUCCUUCACUUCACCACCUCUCCUCCCAAAAACAAACAAAAGUACUUCCCUUCGUCAGGUUUACAAGAGAGUGCUAAUAGUGGAAUUAAUGAUCAACCUUCAAGCUCAAAAAUUUUAUGGCUACACGGUCUUUCUAUUUCAGUCACCAUUUCACAUCAUAGCAGAUAUUGAUUAUCUACCCAACAUCCUUUUCCUCCCUUCGUUGCUGAUAGAGGCCCAGUUUUGAUUGUUUGAGUCUAACCCCUCCUACACAAGUGUCAAUUCCAGAGGCAAAUUCUGAUUGGUUUAAAUCAACCCCAGUGGUCUCAUUUGUUAGAGAUGGGCAUGUUACCCAGUUCUGGCCAAGGAGACGUAAAGAGGGUCUGCAAGGACUUGGAAAGGUUUCCUCACUAGCUCUGGACCUGGUUGUGUCUGAAUGUGACACCUGGAAGUCCCAUAGCCAUUUUGUGGCCAGCCUGAGGAUGACACCAAUCAUUAAUUAGAGCAAACAAAGAGAGUCACAUAUACACUAUACCUGGAGCCUGCCCUAGCUUUGGACAUUUUGUUAUAUGAAAUAAUAAAUUUCCUCUUUGUUUAA